UAAUUCCUGCGCUCUUUCGCUAGAGACUUCUCGCAGUCGCAGUUGUCUUCCCUUGUGCUCUGUCGCCGUUCGCUGUCGUCGUGCGCAACGAACGGUGGUUGACGUUUAUCGUGACAGCGAACGAACCAGACGGAAUAUAAUUUAGCCGAGCCGGAGAGCUUUGCUUUGUUGGCGACGGAGGAACAAGGACAUCUGACGCGACAGUCUCAACCGCUCUGAGUUCGGGUGUGUGUAGGCUGUAGGAAUGCGGGAUAGAAGUCAACGUAAAAACACCUGCGUUUCCCUGACAACAUGACAACAACAGAUCUGAACCUGACAUCCCUCCUGAACGUGUCUGAUCUCCACAAGGCAACACAGGGGGGAUGUUCCCUGACCGGGACAGGCUUCCAGUUCUACUAUCUGCCCACCGUGUACAUCCUGGUGUUCGUCACCGGCCUGGUGGGGAACAGUCUGUCCAUCUGGAUGUUUGUCUGCCACAUGAGACCCUGGAGCAGCAUCUCCGUGUACAUGUUUAACCUGGCCCUGGCCGACUUCUGCUACGUCCUCUCCUUGCCCUUCCUCAUCUUCUACUACUUUAAUAAGACCGACUGGAUAUUUGGGGACGUUCUCUGCCGACUGCAGAGGUUUAUAUUCCACGUCAAUCUGUACGGCAGCAUCCUGUUCCUGACCUGUAUCAGUGUCCACAGGUACACAGGAGUGGUCCACCCGCUCAAGUCUCUGGGAAGGCUCAAGAAGAAGAACGCUGUGCUGACCAGCGCCCUGGUCUGGGUCGUGGUCGUAGCGAGUAUCUCUCCCAUCCUCUACUACUCCAGGACGGGGCAGAAACGGAACGCCACCACGUGCUACGACACGACCACGGAGGAUGAGUUGCCGGGUUACUUUAUCUAUAGCAUGUGUUUGACCGUGUUUGGCUUCUGCAUCCCCUUCAUCAUAAUCCUGGGUUGCUAUGGGAUGAUCGUCAAGGCGCUGAUCUGUAACGACAUGAGCAACGGCCCGUUACGGCGUAAGUCCAUCCACCUGGUGAUUAUCGUGCUGGCCGUGUUCGCUGUGUCCUACCUGCCCUUUCACGUGAUGAAGAACCUGAACAUGCGAGCCCGGCUGUACUUCCAGGUCCCGGACAUGUGUGACUUUAAUAACCGGGUGUAUGCCACCUACCAGGUGACGCGGGGGCUGGCAAGCCUCAACAGCUGUGUGGACCCGGUCCUCUACUUCCUGGCUGGGGACACGUUCAGGAGGAAGUUGUCCAGAGCUACUAUAAAACAAUCCAAGAAGGGGGAGCUCCCACUGCAGUCCAGGAGUGAAGAGACGGCGCUCAACAGCCUGCCGGAGUAUGUCAAGAACAGAGAUGGACAGUUCUGAGAGAGAUCUCGUUCCUGGUCUUGGUCUCUGGACCACGUGGUCCGUCUGAACCUCGUACAGGGGUUUUGUGUGAAAACGUACUGUGUAUUGGUGCUGUGGACCUCGCAGACUGUGUGCACUGUGGAUAGAACAGUCUGGGCGGGAAUGUGACAAAGCUGACGAUAAAAGUUUGUGUCUCUGUAAUGCUUAUCACUAGCUAGGUAUUUUUUGAAUGUGAACCAAGUGCUCAUCCAUCCAUAACCAGACAUAAGGAGAAGGAUAAUAGGUUGAUCUCCUGUAAACAACUGCCCCUUGUUCCUCUAUCGAACCAAUGCUAAUGUGUUUGUUAUGGAGAGAGAGGGCUCUGCUAGCCGCCCAGUGGAUGCUUCAUAAUCACUACCUGUUAGCAGGUAGAGAGUGGUGGCUGAGGCUAGGUGAGACACCAGGGAUGACUGAGAUCUAUUACCAAGAGCCUGGGCCUUAUGACUGCUCUGUGGAGGUUGACAUACAGAGAUUAUAAUGCACUAUGAAUGCUCUGAGUGGCUUUUCUCAGACUGCUACUAAUGAAAUUAACACCAGUACAGUCAGUAUAUCACUAUGGCGUGCACUGUGUGUCCAUGGUCUAUCUAUUCUACAUAAUAUGAAGGGACUAUACUAGUCUCAUGUGAAUAUGACACUAUACAGUAAUAUACUGUAAUAUACUGUAAAUACAGUAAUAUACUGUUAUAUACAGUACUAUACUGU